AUGUUGACAGUCCUUGACAGACAACCAACGUGGAUUAAAGGCAAAGACAAACAAUCCUUUGGUGUCUGCAUCCAGACGCCUCUCUAUGAUUUCAAGAACUUUCUGAAAUUGGUGGAAGCCUUUGAAAUGUACAAGAUAUUGGGAGCCAGACAUGUUACAAUGUACAAUUACACCGGAGAUCCGGUGCUUAAUCACGUUCUUGAAGCCUACGUGGCACAAGGCUUUCUCGACGUGAUCCAAUGGCCCUUGCCUCGUGAAAUACGUGUCAAUGUGUCCGAUGAUCUGUACAAUGAAGGGGUUUACUACUACGCCAAGCUCGCUGCUGUUCAGGAUUGCCUGUACCGCAACAUGCACAAGUUCAAGUACAUCGUUUUCAUGGAUACUGAUGAAGUCAUCGUACCAAGAAACACCCGAGUCUGGAUGAAAAUGAUAAAAAGCCUCCCGCAAAAUGUCUCGGCUUACUACUUCAGAAGGGCCGAGUUUAUUUUGAACAGUGCAGUAAUGCCAGGCGAGAAUUCAGAUGAAAGGCUUAUAAAAUACCACCCGGCUUCCAUUCUGGCGCGUCAGAGAAUCAGACUGAUUUACGAAUUCAAGAAGAAAUGCUGUUUUAAAUCCAUCGUGAAACCGGAGAAGAUUUGGACUAUGAACGUACACUGGGCAGAGAAGGCAAUGGGGCCCAUACAUGAAACAGAUUCAGAAAAAGGUCUGACCCAUCACUAUCGCCCGAACAGAAAGUCUAAACGCCCACAAAUUGUCGAUCCCUACAUGGGCAUAUACCAAGACCAGUUAAUUAGAAACAUUGACAAUUUAAUUCAGAAUAUAGCAGCAUUGAAUUAA